AUGGCGCAAAUGGCAGAACUUUUGCAGUGCGCUUGGUUAGCGGUUACGUUCGCAGCAAAACUGGUGCAGAUAGGCCUAUGCACCUUAGCGGUGUUGUUGUUGGGGCCGCUUAUCGCGCUUUACAUGUAUGAUGUGAUGCUAUACGUGUGGCGAGUUAUGGUGAAUGGGCACGUUGCUGCUGAAGCAGAGUUCAGCGGGAGCAGCAAGUCGCUAGGGUCUGACGGCGCUGCCCGCGAAGGCGCCCAAACAAGAGCGCCUAUCGAAGCUCUAGCGUACGAUACAGCGCCUGCCGGGGGCAGCGAGAGCGAGAACGAGACCGCAUAUCACAGCGAUAGCGCGCCUGAUACCGAUGCAGAGUGGGAGAUGUCCGCGACGCCCCCUAGCUCAUCACGGAACCCGCGCCAGAUGCGGCCUCGCUUUGGAGCGAUCAAGGGAUCCUACGCGCGACUCUCAGACCUUAUCACGGUGACAAUAUCCACCGGCGCGGAUGAAGACUGCGUGGAAGGUCGCGAGCAGGAGGUGACUCUUAUCUCAAGCAGAGCCUGA